GCAAGGAAGGACCAAAAACAAAACAAAAAGACAAAAAGGACUGUACCAUCAUUGGUCAACGCUGGAACAAAACUGCGCAGAGCAGCUUAUCAGACCGUACCGCUCAGAAAGCGCCCAGCCAUCCGCGUCGCUAAGAGUGGACGAAAGCGAGAUCGCUCCCCGGCUUUCUGGAUGCCUUUCUUUCGCUUUCUAGUGAAAGUGUCCUCCCCGCCUGCCUUGUCGAUGGGCCGAACCGACUGGGGGGGGGGGGGCUGCGACGCAUGCGUAGAAUUCUGAGAAAGGAGCGCGCCCAGCGCAAACCCGAAGCCCAGCUGAGGGGAAGUUCCAAAGUUGAGCAACAGGGCGGGGCUGGGGAAGCCCGUGCGCUGCUUACCGGGCUCGGGUCUCGCCCUGUCGGGGUAUCGGGAGACUCGCUGUGGGCGGAACUGGAGAUGAGCAACUCUAUAACAUCUUCAACGUAUGUGCGCUGCCUUGGCUAUGGCAUGAUGAAGCAACUAGCUGAUUUCAUCGAUCCACAGGAAGGAUGGAAGAAAUUAGCAAUAGAUAUAAAAGAUCCUUCUGGUGCAAGCAGAUACAACCAAAUGCAUAUACGGCGUUUUGAAGCAUUAACACGAGUAGGGAAGAGUCCCACCUGUGAAUUACUUUAUGACUGGGGGACCGUAAAUUGUACAGUUGGUGAUCUGGUGGAUCUGCUUAUCAAAAAUAAUUUCUUGGCACCAGCUAGUCUUUUCCUUCCAGGUUCUGCUAGGGUGGCAGAAGGUGCAACAAUGCUCUGCAAUGCCCUACAAACAACCGUGUGUCUAAAUGAAAAAGAAACUCCUCUAAUGGAACAACAAAAUGUGCCUGUAUCACCUCUCUUGGUUCCAGAUAAUGAGUGCCUAACUUCAGCUUCCCAUGACUUCAGAACAGAGAAAAGUGAUUUAUCCCUUAAUGAUACAGGGUUACAGAGAUUUUUGUUUCUCGAGCUGAAAAGUUUUACGAAUAAUUUUGAUGAUCGAACUGUGUCAGCUGGUGGCAACAAGCUUGGUGAAGGAGGCUUUGGAGUGGUGUUCAAAGGGUACAUCAAUGGGAGAACAGUGGCAGUGAAAAAACUUACUGCUUUGACUGAUGUAAGCAUUGAAGACCUGAAAAAGCAGUUUGAACAAGAAGUGAGGAUUAUGGCAAAGUGUCAGCAUGAGAAUCUAGUAGAAUUGCUUGGUUUCUCAGACGACUUUGAUCAGCCUUGCCUAGUUUAUGAUUAUAUGCCUAAUGGUUCAUUGCUUGAUCGACUAGCUUGUCUGGAUAACACUGCACCAAUUCCUUGGAAAACAAGAUGUAGUAUUGCUCUGGGUGCAUCAAAUGGAAUCUGCUUUUUACAUGAAAAUAACCACAUUCACCGUGAUGUGAAAAGUGCAAAUAUCUUACUUACUGAAAAAUUUGUACCCAAACUUUCUGACUUUGGACUUGCAAGAGCAUCAGAAAAGUUCACACAUACUAUCCUUACGGAAAGAAUAGUUGGAACAGCAGCCUACAUGGCUCCAGAGGCGUUGCGUGGGGAGAUAACCCCUAAAUCGGAUGUCUUCAGCUUUGGUGUGGUUUUACUUGAAAUAAUUACAGGGCUAACACCUGUAGAUGGAAAUCGGAAUCCGGAGUUAUUGCUGUCUAUCAUAGAGGAAAUUGAGGAUGAAGAAAAGACUAUUGAAGAUUAUGUUGAUGAAAAGAUGAGUAAUUGGAAUAUCACAUCAGUGGAACAGAUGUAUUUGAUUGCUUGCCAGUGUCUGAAUGAAAAGAAGAACCGGAGGACAGAUAUUAAGACGGUCAGGCAACAUUUACAAGAAUUGCUGGUCCAAUAAGCUUUCUUCUGGGAUUUGGUGUGGUAGCUGAUGUACCUGACAGGAGGUUUGGGGGAAAGAUAUCUCCUUACGUACAAAAGAACUUGUUUUCAUUAAUUUAUAGUUUUAUAUAGUUGGUACGGUUGGUAUAGUUCAUUUUUUUAAAAACAAAUGCAUGUGUUUUAUGGCUUUAUCAUUUUGUCACCUUUCCUAGACAGUAAAGUGAAAACCUCCCUCAAA